AUGACUAGUACAAGUCCUCCUCCAGAAGCGCAACGCUUUGGAAGGUCUCAAACUCCAGAGAGUCCGCGACCAGUGCACCUCCCAGAGCCCUCAAACAUUCCUGUCCUGCGCAACCAAAUGGAUCCCGUUUUCAAUGACACUGCUACUUACAACAUCCCCAACGAUCAGCCCUUUUCUUCAUUCCCAAAUCCGAUCCAGAAAUCGCAACCAGAGGAACAUGAUGCUGUGCAAGAUUUUCUUCGCGGCGCCGAAGCUGAAUCAUCCAUCCCGCAGGAGCACCCUGUGCCGCAAGUAGCUGAUCUUCAAUCGACCGAAGCCCCUUCAAACAUACCCUUAUCGCCGAACCCACCGACGACGACGACGGCAACGACGACGCUGCCUGAGCAACCGAACGGUACCACUCAGUCCGAAUCGCAGCUCGAUCCCACAAAUCAAGUACCCGAUCAGACAGAGCCUGUUGCGGCCGAACCUACAUUCGAGUCACAAGUCAAUGGCAUACAAGCUGCGCACGACCCUAUCUCUCAAGAUUCUGCUUCGCAACAGCAGCCAGACUUGGAUCAAGGCGGCGUAGACUAUCAGUCCCUGCUUGACACUGUCCACCAGUCUGCCUCAACAGCCCCGGCAGCUGAGUCAUUGACCGCACCAACUACUGCCGCUGCUUCUUCUGAUCCAGAUCCCAGCAUAAGCUCUUUGCCCUCCGCCCAUGGCCUUCCUCCCAAACCUCCUGUUCAAGAGCUUCCUACAGACUAUGCAAACUACCCAGCCAAUGUGCCCACUCAAGCCCAAGUCUCAUUUGCUGCCUCUGAUUCUCUGUCAAACGCCCCAUCGCUACAGGCUGGGGCCAUCCCAUUGCAAGACUAUGCAUAUCCAGGGAUGCAAAGCACUGGUUCUAUACCAUAUGCCUCAUCAAGCGUCGUCAACCAGACGAAAGCUUAUUCGCCCAUCACUGGCGAGCGGCCUUGGUCUCCCAGAACGCAGACCAUCUAUGACCAGUUCCUCGAAGACGAGCGAGGCUAUGUCACUGAAGGUAUUUGGGACAAAUUUCCUAUCGGGUCACGCUUAUUUGUGGGCAAUUUACCUUCUGAGAAAGUGACAAAGCGUGAUCUUUUUCAUAUUUUCCACCGCCAUGGCAGACUGGCUCAAAUCUCCAUCAAACAGGCAUACGGCUUCGUCCAAUUUCUUGAGGCAUCCGAUUGCUCUAGGGCCUUGGAGGCAGAGCAGAGCGUUGAAAUCCGGGGAAGGAAAAUUCAUCUCGAGGUCUCAAAACCGCAAAAGAACACGCGGAAUGCAGCCAACAGUGGCGCGAAGAACAAGGAUAUUCGACGACGAUCACGAUCACCGGAUAGACGUGUAAGCAAUGACCGGUUUCCUACCAGGAACCCCUUUGGCGACCUCCGCGAUGAGAGACGUCGCGAUGAUUUCCGACGUACUCGAUCUCCAUCACCACACCGCAACAGCUACCGCUCUAGGGACGACUAUCGACCCCAUCCUGGCCGAAGCCCCCCACGAGGAUACAUCAGCCCAAGGUCGCCCGCAGUUUCACAAUAUCCCCCUCCAUUUCCACCUCGAUACGAUGAGGACACUGCUCUACCACUACCUCGUCGAGCGCCACAAGAUGUUCCAGAUGUGCAGCUGCUCAUCUUGGACCAAAGUGUACCACAAGCGUUCAUAAAUUGGGUUGAAGAUGCCUUUCGUGCUAAGGGUCUCAAGGCAUCUACGACAUGGUUGAGCCCGCGACUACCAUUACAAGCUGUGAUAAAGCGACAGAUACUCGAGGGGGUUCACGCUAUUGUCAAGUUACUCCAAAUGAAUUCGAUCACUCACAAGGUGCCUUUACAGGUCUUCGAUCGAUCGUCCGGAGCGUCGAAUGUCAAAUUUAAUGAAUACGUUGACCUCGACGUCAAUGUAGCUGCGGAUAUCAUCCUCCACACCAAGAAUACCCAAGCCUCGCCAAUAUCUGCAUACCCGACCACUCCACAAUCCUAUGGUGGUACUCCACACUACCCUCCUCAGUCUAUGCACCAUUCCCCGCAGCAAUACUCGCCUGCAGGGCAGCCGCCAUUGCAGCAGCGACCGCCUCAGCCUCCACAACCCUACCCAUAUCCUCAACAGGCGCCAUAUCCGCCGCAUCAACCACCGACUCCAUCAUCCGCUAAUACUGGGGCACCGAACCUGCAGCAACUGCUUGCGAACCUACGCCAGCCGCAGGCAAACGGUCAAAAUCCCGCAAGUGCACAACAUCAGCAACCAGACUUAGGAGGACUUUUGACCAAUAUUGCGGCCCAUCGGCAGAAUCAAGCCCAUCCCUAUUCUCAGCAUGUCCCACAACCUGGUUUGCCGAACUAUGGGUCUACGCCCAACGCAGCUCAAGGUUAUGGUCCUGGGCAACAACCGAACAAUGUACAGAACAUUAUGGACCAGCUGGCACGCUAUCAGCGCUGA